AGUGUUUGGCACGCCACGACCAAGUUUUCUGAAGAGUUGGAUCUCGCAGCCUGGCAUGGUCGCCCUGGCCGCUGUAACAACCACUCUGGUUGAUGAAGACGACGAGCACAGCCAGGAAACAAGGAUUGCCGGCUACGGGUGCAUUCGUCUGAGCGUCGAAAGCUACAAGGAUGUCAGCUUCCCUCGCAAGAUCGGACCCAUCUUUGCCAAAUCUGCAGCGGUUGGCUCGCAGCUGUUUGCCGCCCUGGUAGCUACUGUACCACCGGGAGUUUCUUUCUACAUCGACGUGCCAGAGGCAAACCAAAGCGCCAUGGAGCUUGCCAGGGAAUCCGGUUUAGAGUCGGUAUUCCAGACAGCACGAAUGUUUACCAAAGGGGACGAAGGAGUCAAAUGGAGCAUGGUCUACGGUGUUACCACUUUAGAACUUGGUUAGGACUGAAAUAUACAGGCCGUAUUAAAAAAAUGCUUAAAUGUAAAAACAUGAUGAAAACUGGAAUUCCACAACCUCAUACCUUGGAGUGAAAACAGUCAUAUUUAAGUUUCCACUCUGUCCUAUACUUUUAUAAUGUGGACCUGCUAUAUUUCGACUUUAAAAUGAACCAACGGAAGAAAUUGGUGUGGCUUGCUGGGAAGAAUUAUUCAUCUAUCCUGUCUUAUGAGACAUGUAGAUCUGUUCGUGACGAAUAUGUGAACAUACACAAUUACUACAGAUAGCCUCAUUCAGCAUAUGAAAAUAACAGUGAAAGAACAAGAAGAUAUUCUGAGCAUUAGCCCUAGCUGCUAUAUGUUGCACAGCAACACAGUACUGUCUACACGCUACUCGUUUAUAUAUAACCAGGAAGUCUAUGUAGUAUAUUAGGUUGUGAUGACACAAGAAGUUUAUGUCUUGGAUCUU